GUGGGUGUCCGUGCGAGAAACGUGCGAGGCGAGGUGUCGUGUCGUGUGCGCGCUUCGGACCUCGAAGGGAAACGCCGUAGGCUGAGUCGCGCGUUCAUUUAGCCGGGUGAGUGAGGCGACGUGGUGAGGCGAGAGCUUUUUCUAAAGAGAGACUUCGCGAUGACGUUCCCAGACAGGAGUCGCGAGAAAAUGGACAGGUACGCGGUGUGGCUGUUGGUGUGGGGCAGUCUGCUUCUGGCGCACACGAGCCACGUAGCCGGCUCGACGACGAUACGCGGUGUCCCGUUGGCGAUGAGGUCGCUGUACAGUCCGAACCGCGAGCUGUUCGAGUGCCUGGACGGCAGUAUGCUCAUACCGUUCUCGAACGUCAACGACAACUAUUGCGACUGUGCGGACGCCAGCGACGAGCCCGGCACGCCGGCAUGCGGUAACGGCAUGUUCCACUGCGAGAACGCCGGCCACCAGCCGCACUACAUACCAUCGUCCUGGGUGAACGACGGCGUGUGCGACUGCUGCGACGCGAGCGACGAGUACGACUACUCGUCACUCGAACACAAGUGCCAAAACACAUGUCACAUACUGGCCAAGGAGGCCAAGCUGGUGCAGCAGAAGGCGGAGCAGCAGGCGCGCGACGGCAACAAGCUGCGCCUGGAGCUGGUGAGUAAGGGCAAGACCCUCAAGGCGGAGUACCGGUCGCAGCUGGCGAAGGUGAGAGCCAACUAUGAGGAAGCGGAGUUAACGAGGAAGGAGAAGGAGGUGCUGAAGGCACAGGCGGAGGAGAGGGAGAGGUUAGCGUUGGAGAAGUACAAAACAGAGACUGAGCCUGAGCAGGUUGUCGAGGAGGAGUCAUCGUUGUCCUCGGAGACGAGGAUGUUAUUGAUCGAUCCUGAGCUGGAAAAGUGUUUCCGUAUCUUGGACGAUGACAGUGAUGGUACAUUGACGUUGCAUGAAGUGGAAGAGAGGAUCCUCAGCAGCAAGGAUAUGACUGAGACCGGAGUGACGGUGCAGGAUUCGAAGCACAUCUUGUUUGGCCAGUUAUCUGCCACAUGGGAUGAAUUUCUGAAUAUGGCACGGGAGAAGGAACACCAUGAAGUGAAGCUUGCGGUGGAGAAGAUCAAGGCUAUCGCGGGGUAUCCUGCGCGUGAGCUUCCGGACGAUGAAGGAGAGGAAGACGAAGGGGAUGCCAGCGAUAGAGAAGAGGAGGAAGCUGAAGCUGAAGCUGAAGCGGAAGCUGAAGCGGAAGCUGAAGCUGAAGCGGAAACAGGGAUAGAGAAGGAGGCAGAAAGUACGAUUCAGUAUGAUGAGGAGACGCAGGUCUUGAUCGACGAGGCUAACAAUGCCCGUGAACGCCUGCAGGAGGUCGAGAAGGCCGUGAGCGAAUUGCAAGCUGAAAUCAGCCAGCUGGAGGUGAAACUGCGCCACAACUACGGCCCGGACGACGAGUUCGCGUCGCUCUACGGCGAGUGCUUCGAGUACACGGACAUGGAAUAUAUUUACAAACUGUGCCUGUACGACAGAGCGACCCAGAGGUCCAAGUCGCACGGCGGUAGCGAGGUCAACCUCGGCCAAUUCAACAGGUUCGUCGGGCCGACUGGCAACAGAUUCUCCAGUAUGGAGUACGAUAAAGGUCUCACCUGUUGGAACGGCCCGCCGCGUUCCACGCUGGUCACUCUGUCCUGCGGAACGGAGAACAAGCUGAUAUCGGUGGCGGAACCGAGUCGCUGUGAAUACGCCAUGGAGUUGACCACACCGGCUCUGUGCAGAACGGACAGUAUAGAAGGCGCGGACACGCACGACGCGCAACAGGCGCCGGACGCGCAACAAACUCUCGACGGGCAACAAACGUCCGACGAGCAACACGCGCACGACGAAUUGUAAAUGGUUGCUCUGUCGUUUUAGUAAAAUGCGAGGUGUGCGCGAGGUCGCACGUUCAAACGUGAGAUGUCGAGCACUCUUAUGGGCCCCUUUGGUUGGCCGCGAGACGAGUACCGAGACUGCAAGGAUCAAACAUUAAUCGCAAGGAUUAUCAAUGUAUCAUUCGUCGAAUCGAGGCUCUCGCGAACGUUCGCAACGCGGUCGCGCAAUCGACGACGCGAUUGCGAAUGCGUCACUGGAGGGUGAUAAAGCCCCAUGAAAAUCUCAUGGUCGCUUUGCGCCGCUGAUAUCAUGUCGGCAGGUAUUUUUAGCAGCGACACACUUGGUAUUCGUCUAGAUACGACAAUGUUGUACGUUAUUUAUCAGUCGUUGCGAUCGUUACGUUGCGUAAUCCCGUUGAGAUCGCGACACUCGGGGACUACGAAAGUUGGUCAGAUUUCGGUUACAGUUACGGUUACGAUUUGACAGUGAAUACGAUAUUGCGAGAGAGCAUCCUGUCGGAUGCCCGGGUUAUUUAUUACGUUAAUCAAAGAGUUCGAUCGAUUCUUUGUUACACGCGAUUUUCGCGUGUGAAAAGAAUGACGGAAAUUUCUGACCGUUUUAUCAAUGUAACGCGGAGUCGGGAAGACAGAAGGAAAUGUACAAAGAGACCGGGAAUAACUCGAGUGAUCUCUGCUCGGAAAUGCUGCCGUUAUGCGCUCAUUAAUUAACGAUCUCUCGUCCAGCGAUCACGAUUGCGAUCAAAUUGCUGGUCCUUGCAAUCUCGCCGGGAUUCGUCGACUUAGUAUUGGCAAUGGAGCAAAGUUCGUUUAGCGAUAACCGAAAUAAUUAUCCUUAUCUCAUUCUGCAAAGUCGAUAGAGUCGUUGUUAUGCGCGAGGAUUACAUUGCCAACGUUAAAAGAGAGAGAGAGAGAGAAAGAAAAAAAGAAAGAAACGAAGCUAGCUGUUACAUUCCUCCUUUUGUACACGACACAUUUCUACAAUUGUGAUUUCAAAGUGAAUCGGGAUGCAAUGCAAUGUUUAUCCGGCCGGCCGGGUCCGGUGAAACAUACUUUAUACCAUUUAGUAUGCUUAGUUGGAAACGGAGGAGAAAGAGAAAGAAAAAGA